AUGAAGAUUGGCUUUUGGAACGUGAGGGGAUUCAAUCGACCCCUCAAACACAAUGGGGUUGCCCACCUCAUUAAGCAUAACCGGCUCUGUCUCUUGGGCAUUUUGGAGACAAAGCUUGCAGCAUCUAAGAUUCAGGCAUUUCUUAGCCGAUCAUUUCCGGGUUGGUGCCAAGCCAACAACUUUGACACCAUUGCCGGUGGACGCAUCUUGGUGAUUUGGAACCCGGCAGUUAUCGACCUUCAACCGGAGGAUAUCUCACUGCAAGUUAUCCACUGCCGUGCCACGAAUAAGUCCUCUCAACUCUCCUUCUAUAUAUCGUUUUGUUAUGGACUAUAUUCUGUUGUCAAUAGAAGGAGUAUGUGGGAGAAACUUACAGAUUUGGGACAGAUGAUAAGCAUUCCGUGGCUCAUUAUGGGAGACUUCAACUGUGUGAAAUCUCCUGAGGAAAAGCAACUUGGAGUGACGCCAACUUGGUACGAACUCAAGGAUUUCGUGGACUGCUGUGCAGCACUUGGACUGCUUGACGUCCCCACAACGGGUUGCUAUUACACGUGGUAUUCCAAUAAUGAAAGCAACCCCGUGUGGUGUAAACUUGAUCGGGUCCUUCACAACAACGAAUGGCUUGAGGCCGGUUUACAUUGCGGCGCCCACUUCAACCCAUCGGGAUGCCUAUCCGACCACUCCCCGGGUAUUGUCACUAUCUUUGAUCAUACUCCCACUAAACCAAAACCGUUCCGGUUUUUCAAUAUGUGGGCAGAACACCCGGAUUUCUUAUCCACUGUGGAGCAGCGAUGGAACUUGCAUGUGGAAGGAACGCCACAGUUCAUUCUUUGCAAAAGGUUGAAAGCACUUAAGGCUGAACUGAAAGCUUUCAACGUGCAGCACUACAGCCACAUUUCCACUAGGGCCAAAGAGGCUGACCUUGCAUUGCAAGAUGCUCAAAACCAGCUUGAAACCAACCCAGGAAAUGUAAGGCUUCGGGAAUCUUUGGGAGAUCUUAGGAGGAAGGUCGUUUUCCUUGCCGAGGCUGAACGGAACUUCUUCUACCAAAAAGCCAAGAUUCACUACCUCAAAGAGGGGGACCGUAACACGAAAUUCUUCCACGAUAUGACGUUCAACAUCAACGACAACAAGGCACCCGGCCCCGAUGGAUAUUCCUCAUGCUUCUUCAAGAAAGCAUGGAAUGUGGUGGGUGACCAAGUAUGCAGGGUCGUUCUGGAUUUCUUUAGGAAUGGACGGAUGCUACGGCAACUGAACCACACCGUCAUUGCUCUCGUGCCCAAAUCAGAGCAUUCCUCUUCCGUUGCCGACUACCGACCGAUUUCGUGCUGCAAUGUCAUAUACAAAGCCAUCACGAAAAUUAUAUCGGACAGACUUGCACCUGCAUUGGAGCACCUAAUCGACCAUUGCCAAUCUGCAUUUAUUGGAGGUCGCAACAUCACCGACAAUAUCUUCUUGGCGCAAGAAAUGGUGCGCAGUACUCGAGGAAACGGAUUUCACCUCGAUGUACUAUCAACAUCGAUCUUCGCAAGGCAUAUGACUCGGUCUCGUGGAUAUUUCUCUCCCGAGUACUUCACGGGUAUGGUUUUCCCCCUAUGUUUAUUGCCUGGAUAA